GUGACGUCAUGGAUCUCGUGGCCUACGUGACAAAACAGUUCAAGAAUGUCAGUUUUGAAAAAUAAACGUGGUUUUUUGUGCACGUUUUUCCCAAAGGAUUUUCAGGUACUUCCGGUGAUUGGAAUUAAUUAAUUUUUGUGCAUUGCGGAAGAUUAAAUUGUUGAGAAGUAAUUUUGCAAGAAAGUCUUGCAAUUCAAUUUGUGGCUCACCUGGAAGUGAUCCCAAAAACAGGGUGACCUGGUGAGGACAAAGACAUCCAAGGAUGGAGAUUGAAAAUGCCCUAAAUGGGGUGGUUGUGGUGAAGGCGAAACCCGUGCGGAAGGUCUUCAAGCCAGCUGCAUCGAGGACGUUGAAUAAGAUCCCGCAGGAUAUUCUCACAAACCCAGAACUCAAUGCUGCCAUUGAGGCACUGCCCAAGAAUUACAAUUUUGAGCUUCAUAAAACCAUCUGGCGCGUGAGGGAGACAAAGGCAAAGAGGGUGGCAUUGCAGCUCCCAGAGGGACUUCUUGUCUUCAGCUUGGUGCUGUGUGACAUCAUUGAGCGCUUCACGGAUGCUGAUGUUGUCAUCAUGGGCGACGUUACGUAUGGAGCCUGCUGCGUGGAUGAUUUUACUGCCAAAGCCCUCGGGGCGGAUCUCUUAGUCCACUAUGGGCAUAGCUGCUUAAUCCCCGUGGACAGGAUGAUGGGAAUCCGGGUGCUGUACAUCUUUGUGGACAUUAAAAUUGAUGCUCUGCACUUUGUGGACAGCGUCAAAGCCAACUUCCAACCGUCCAAGCACAUUGCCCUCGUGAGCACAAUACAAUUCGUCACAACUCUCCAUGCAGCUGCAAAUCACCUCCGUGAGGCUGGCUAUACAGUCACAGUACCUCAGUCACGUCCACUGAGUCCCGGUGAGAUUCUCGGAUGUACAGCACCAAAGCUUCCACAAUCCUGUGACACUCUCAUCUACCUCGGCGAUGGGAGAUUCCACUUGGAGGCCGCAAUGAUCGCCAAUCCCACCGUGGAGGCCUUCAAGUAUGAUCCGUAUGAGAAGAAGUUCACCGCCGAGAAGUACCAUCACGCUCAAAUGCGUGAAAUGCGACUCACUGCCAUCGAAGAGGCAAGAUCAGCAAAGCGCUUUGGGCUCAUCUUGGGCACACUGGGUCGCCAGGGGUCCACCAAAGUGAUGGAGUAUCUUCAGAAAAGACUGAAGCAAAUGGACAAGGAGGCUGUCAUAAUCCUCCUAUCGGAAAUCUUUCCCAGUAAACUAAAACUCUUCCCGGACGUGGAUGCCUUUGUUCAGGUAGCCUGCCCACGGUUAUCAAUCGAUUGGGGCUCUGCAUUCCCAAAGCCCCUGCUGACACCCUAUGAAUUCUCAGUGGUCCUUGGGGAUGCUCAGUGGCGGUGCAAUGGGAGCACCGGGGAUGCCUACCCGAUGGAUUUCUAUGCGUCCCAGAGUUUAGGUCGUUGGACGCCGAAUUUCAAGCCGGAAGACCCACAGGAGGGAUGUGCCCGAAUUGCGGGCUCUGGAUGCUGUGGGAAAUGCGAAAAGGGGGACUUUGAUGAUGCCAAGAAAGCCACAACAGCAGCCACAUGAGACAUACAGGCGACAGCAUUCCGGAACAACGAUGAAGGGGGAGGGGAGGGAAUAACUCACUUUCCCCCACACAACCCAAAAUAAGACAGAUGGACACAGAUAUUAGCUUGAAAAUAAUAUAAAUUGUGACAUAAAUGUAGAAAAUUAACAUGUCUAGUAUGAAAAUAUAAAUGAAGAAUCUCUCUCAAUGUGA